AUGUGUUUAAUUGUUUCCAAGCCUCUUGUCUGUUAUUCUGAGGGAACUUUCUCCAAUGACUACAGCAAAUACUUGGAGACCAGGAGAGCGCAAGACUUUGUUCAGUGGCUCAUGAACUCGAAGAGAAACGGUGGUUCGGCCAAACGUCACGCUGAGGGAACCUACACCAGCGACGUCAGCUCCUACCUGCAGGACCAGGCGGCCCAGAACUUUGUGGCCUGGCUAAAAUCUGGACAGCCCAAGCAAGAUGUUGCAGACAACAGAGGCUCAAAUUUGCCACGCAGGAGGCAUGUAGAUGGCAGUUUCACCAGUGACGUCAACAAGGUCUUGGACAGCAUCGCUGCCAAGGAGUAUUUACAAUGGGUGAUGAACUCUAAGGCAUCAGGGACAAGUGGCAAACGUGGUGGAAAUCAUUGAGGAACCAGAGGGCUUCCCUGCAAGAGCUUAAAUUUGGAUCCUGAAGGGGAUUCGAUCAUCAAAAUGAAUGAAAGCCAUGUCACA